AUGAGAGCCGAUCAGUGUGAAAAUGGAGAAAACUCAACCAACUCGAGUGAAAUGCUGAUCAGCCAGCUGAGGGAGAUCACUGGCAUCCAGGACCAACAGAUCCUCUACAGAGCCCUGAAUGUCAGUCAGGGGGACAUUGGACAUGCUGUUGGACUGCUGACAGCCCAGACUGCAGAGGUUCAGGACCCUGGAGAACCACAGGAGUCAGGGACAUCUGGAGAGGCCUGGGAGGGCCAGAAAGGGCUUCCUAAAGAUGAACUGCAGACCGCCAUAGAACUCAGUCUGCAGGAGUCCCACAAAGCCCAGGAAGAGGAGCGAGAAUUUCAUAGGGCUCUGGAAGCCAGUGCAGAGGAGAAUGCUGCGAGAAUAAAGAGGAAGAGAUGUGAAGCACAGAGUGAAAUGUGUAGCCCUGCAGAGUGGAUCCGUCAGGAAGACUGGCCUGUGGGCAUUCGUAAUGUAGGAAACACCUGCUGGUUCAGUGCUGUCAUCCAGUCACUCUUCCACCUGCCUGUGUUCAGGAGACUGGUUCUCAACUACCAUCUGUCUGAGAAAAUACUGGAGAAGUGUAAAAGCCAUUCAGACAAGAGGAACAUAGCCUUCAUGCAGGAGCUGCGCUGCCUGUUUGCCCUCAUGGUGGGCUCUACCCGCAGGUUUGUGGAUCCUUCUGCUGCAGUGGAGUUAUUGCGUGACGCCUUCAGGACCAAUGAGGCCCAACAGCAAGAUGUCAGUGAGUUUUCCCACAAACUGCUUGACUGGCUGGAGGAUGCAUUUCAGCUGGCUGCCAGUGGAAAAAAUGCAGAAGAUAAACAACAUAACCCCAUGGUCCAGCUCUUCUAUGGUACCUUUGUGACAGAAAGAAGACACGAGGGUAAGACGGUAUAUAAUAUUGAGCAGUUUGGCCAGUACCCCCUGCAAGUCAAUGGCUUCAACAAUCUUGAUGAAUGCUUAGAAGGUGCUAUGGUAGAGAAGGAGAUUGAGUCGGUUCAUUCAGAGCAUCAUGUCACAUCUGGACGUGAGAGAUGGUUCAAAAAGCUACCACCAGUCUUGACAUUUGAACUUUCGAGAUUUGAAUUCAACACCCAACUUGGGCGCCCUGAGAAGAUACAUAAGAAACUGGAGUUUCCUCAAAUCAUUUAUAUGGACAGAUAUCUUCACAAAAACAUUGAGCAGACCCAUGAGAGGAGAGGAGAAGUAAAGAAACUAAAGGAGCAACUGGCAGUCCUUCAACAGAAACUUGAGUGUUAUAAAAACUAUGGCUCUGGACCUACAAAGUACCCUCUAGCUGACAUGCUCCAGUUUGUGCUGGAGUUUGCUACCACCAAGCCGACUAGCAUUUCUCCAGCUGAAGACUCGAGACAGGCCGCAUCGUCACCGACUCCUCCAAGUGCCCCCCUCAGUGAAGCCAUUGCCAAAGAAAGCAGUGAUCCCGGAGAAUCAGUUUCAUCAGAGAGCCUGGGUUCCAGUGUUUCCAGUUGCCAGAGGACCCCCAUAUACAAGCCCUUCACUCAGUGCAGACAACCUAUUGACUGCCCACCACACCCAGCCCCCCACAGCAUCACAGAAGAAGAGCUGCACUUUGCUAAAACCUGUCUUCAGCGUUGGAGGACUGAAGUUGAGAAUGACAUAAAUGAACUAAAGGCCAGCAUUGACAGGCUCACUCAGACGCUCGAGGGCAUGUACUCAGACAACAGUCUCUGCCAGGCCCCCUACAGACUCCAUGCAGUGCUUGUCCAUGAAGGCCAGGCAUCAGCUGGUCAUUACUGGGCUUACAUCUAUGACCAUGCUGACCAGCGCUGGCUGAAGUACAAUGACAUAAGUGUCACUGAGUCAUCGUGGGAUGAGCUGGAGCGAGACUCCUUUGGAGGCAUGACCAACGCAAGUGCCUACUGCCUAAUGUACAUUGACGACAGGCUACCUCAGCUCAUCACAGAAGACACAGAUGAUGAGACGGGCCAGGUGCUCCAUGGCAUGGACUCUCUGCCACCCAUCCUCAGGCGCUAUGUCCACGAAGAUAACCGCUGGUUCCAGCAGGAGCUCAGCGAAUGGGAGGAGCAGUUCUGCCAGACGGCAACCCCGCAGGAAGAGUCCACCGCCUCUGCAGAGCCCAUAAGUCCCAGUCUGGAUAACAUACAGCAGUCACCUGUUGAGCCAGCACCACAGUCAGAACCCUCCACUGAAGAGGUGGAUGAAGGAGUUGCUCCAGAGCCACAGCCAGACCAAGAAGCAGAGAAAGAGCCAGAACCUGAUCUCAGAAAAGAGCCAGCGCAAACAGAUUUAUCUCCCCCACCACCAGAGGGCCCUGGCUGCCAGCCAGGUGAUACCAGCACUCCAACAGUCACUGACACCACGGGGGUCAGCCAGAGCUCUGAUUCAGAUGAGAAGGAGCUGCAGAAUCAGAUCCCUGGCCCUGAUGUAGAGCUUUGCGAUCAGACACCAUCUGACAUCCACGUAGAGAAGGAUGACCCGGAGGUGGCCGGCCUCGUCUCUGAAGCUGAAGAAGAGCCCCAGGCUUCUGGAGAGGCUCCUGAACCUAUCGCAGAGCAAAGCAAUGAGGAGCAGCAGCAGCAGCAGGAGGUUCCAGCCAGACCACGACAGACUGAGAAUGAGGUCUCAGAAGUGGAGAUCCCUAAUGUGGGCCGGAUCAUGGUGAGGGCGGAUGCUGACGGAUACAAUGAAGAGAUGAUGCUAACUCCAGCUAUGCAGGGUGUCAUUCUAGCCAUAGCCAAGGCCAGACAAAUUUUUGAUAAGGAGGGUCCUGAGGCUGGCCUCAUCAAGGCUUUCCAUGAAGAGUAUUCCCGCUUGUAUGAGCUCUCCCAAGAGGAGACCACACCACAGGAGGAUGCACGUCUGCAGCACGCUCUGGUCUACUUCUUCCAGAACAAGGCACCCAAGCGUGUCAUUGAGAGGACGCUGCUUGAGCAGUUUACUGACCGCAACCUCAGUUUUGAUGAGAGAGCCAUCAGUAUCAUGAGGGAAGCCCGGGCCAAACUUCGUCUCAUUAAGCCAGAAGACAUGGACAUGGAAGAAUACAUGCAGUGGCAUGACGAUUACAGGCUGUUCAGGACGGUCUUUGUCUAUCUGUUGACUGGGCUGGAGCAUUACCAGCACGGGAAGAUGCGGGAGGCACUGAACUAUCUGGCCCACGCCUACGAGACCAACAGCACCCUGCUGCGAAACGGAGAGAAACGUGGUGUGGACAAGUCUCUCAUUGCUGUUUACAGGAGGAAGUGUCUCACUGCACUGAAUGAGAGCGCAUCGCAGCUAUUUUGCAGCGGUGAGGAGGCCAAAGUAGAAGAGGGUAUUGCCAUCAUGGAUGAGGCCGUCAUCCCCUGCCUUCACCUGAUGAGCCGGGACUCGACUUUACCCCAGGAAGACCGAGAUGCAAUGGAGGCCAUCCGCAGCCACUGGUGCUGCUGCCUGGGCCGAGACAUGGAUCACUCAUUGCAGGUGAAGCUCGGCGAGUUGCUUCCCAGAGUUCUGGACGGUUCAGCUGACACAGUAGUGCUUAAAGACCCACCCAAAGUCCACGUCACCCAGGCCUACGACCUGUGCAGUCGCCUGGCUGCUGUUAUGGAAUCCAUCCACAACACGUCAGUGGUCAUUGUGAAGUGAAAUCCCAACAACUCUUUUUAAACUGUGUAUCUUAACUGAAAGUGUCUCGACUGAUGGUUUCUUCUCUACUGACAGA